UUCUCCUCCCUCGAAUCCCCUCUGCUUUUAUCUCUCCUCAACUUCCUAGCCAAAGCUCUUUAACCUACAGCCCCCCCCCCCCCCUCUCCCCUCUAUUUGCUACUUAGCCAUGGAUCAUUGCAGCAAAACUUCUUGCAAUUCAAGCUCUCCUUUUGAUUGCCUCCUUUUUGAUUUGGAUGACACCUUGUAUUCUUCUAAGCUUGGAAUAGCAGAAGCUCUGAGAAAAAACAUUGAUGACUUUCUUGUUGAGAGAUGUGGGUUUUCAGAGGAAAAGGCUCCGAGUAUCCGAGUCGAGCUCUUCAAGACCUACGGCAGCUCUCUUGCUGGUUUGCGAGCACUAGGAUAUGGUAUUGAUGCUGAUGAUUAUCACAGUUUCGUGCACGGAAGAUUGCCUUAUGAUUUGAUCAAGCCAGAUUCUCAACUACUUAACCUCUUGCGUAGCAUCACUCAAAGGAAAAUCAUUUUCACCAAUUCAGAUAGAAAUCACGCGAUCAUGGCCCUAAAAAGGUUAGGGAUAGAAGACUGUUUCGAUCAGAUCAUAUGUUUUGAGACUAUGAAUCCAAACCUGUCUAAAUCGAGUAGUCCUGACGAGUUCCCUGUUCUACUUAAGCCUUCAAUGGAUGCCAUGAAAAUCGCUCUCCGUGUUGCAGAUGUUGAUCUUCGCCGUACGCUGUUUUUGGAUGACAACGUGCGCAAUGUAGCAGCUGGGAAAGCUUUGGGACUACGUACUGCUCUGGUUGGAAAAACGGUGAAGAGCAAAGAAGCAGAUUACGUGUUAGAGCAUAUCCACAACCUGGCUCAGGUAAUUCCAGAAAUUUGGGCGAAAGGAACGGAUAGUGGUGAUCAGAGGAUCAGCCGCACCAGGAGUGAAAUGGACGCCGUUCUCACAGCCACAACCGUCGGAGCCUAGAUAAGACACAAGAAAUCAAGACCUCUUCUUCAAAGACUGGGUUGGUGUCUGUACAUAUCAAAUGUAUAUUUCAUGUGAAUAACAUUUAUCUUUCAUGUGAUCUUUCAUGUGCAUAACAUAGCAAAUGUCGUCCUUGUCUCUGUCUGAGUUGUUAAUUAUGUAUUAAGUAUGCGUGUAAAUGUUUCGUCUAUGUAAUGUGAUAACUUGAAGUGAAUAUCCAUCCAUCCAUCCUACCGGUUACCAAUAA